AUGGCGUCGGCGGUAGACAGGCACCGCGGCUCGGCCUUUGCCGGCCAGGAGGCCGGUCUGGACGCCCUCGGCAUCCCCGCCGCCGCCGCUCCCCGCUCGACUCCUCCCGCCAUCAUCGAGACGUGCAGCGAUCUCGACAGCAGCGACGACGACGACAAUGCUCCAGACUCCCCAUCGGCGGCGGCCGUCAUGUCGCCGCCGUACUGGGUCGUGUCGAGCGCUGCGCCCCGGCGCAACGCCUCGAGCCUCUCGGUCGACUCGGGCCCGCCGGCGGGGGCGAUUACGCUGCGCGACAACGACACGAGCGAGCACAGCGACCGCAACGAUGCGUGCUGGGCCAAGAGUGUCGAGGUGGUCGACUACACCGUCGUCAACGGCAGCGCCACCAACAUUGGCGCCUUUGUGGUGUGGAACGUCCGGGUCGAGACGCUCCGGGGAAGCUACAUGACGGUGCGCAAGCGGUACUCGGAGUUUGACGAGCUGCGCGCGCAGUUGAUGCUGUCGUUUCCCAGCUUCGAGGCGGCGAUGCCGGUGCUGCCGCCCAAGAGCAUCAUCUCGCGGUUCCGGCCCAAGUUUCUCGAGAAGAGGCGGGCCGGCCUGCAAUACUUUCUCAACUGCAUCAUGUUGAACCCCGAGUUUUCGGGGUCACCUGUGCUCCGGGCGUUUCUGUUUCCGUGA